GACGCUAUUGUUGGCGACGAAGAGAUGAGGAGACUUGGUAGCAAACGGAAAGAUUUUGAGAGCGCCGCUAGGAGCUUGGAUGAACUACGUCGUAAGGCCGGACCAAAGGACCGUGUCAGUCCGGCACAAGCGUUACGGAUGGCCAAUCUCAACAUAUUCGAGCGUGGAGAGAUCAUUGACUUCAAGGACAUCUAUUUCUGCGGCACUCAAAAUGCGAAGAAACAUGUCGGUGAUCUCCAUGCGCAGGCGGCAAACUUUGGUUACGAUGAUGAUCGUGGUGACUACAAUAUUGUCGUUGGAGAUCAUCUAGCGUAUCGAUAUGAAGUUGUUGACGUACUUGGUAAGGGAAGUUUUGGUCAGGUCGUCAGAUGUGUCGAUCACAAAACAGGCGGUCUUGUGGCAGUCAAAAUUAUCCGGAACAAAAAGCGGUUCCAUCAACAGGCUUUGAUUGAAGUGAAUCUUCUCCAAAAGCUGAAGGAAUGGGAUCCUCAUCGAUGUCACAGCGUGGUGAACUUCACGCAAAGCUUUUAUUUCAGAGGCCAUCUCUGCAUUUCGACUGAAUUGCUUGGGAUGAAUCUUUAUGAGUUCAUCAAAGCACAUGAUUUCAAAGGCUUUUCCCUGAAGCUCAUUCGUCGGUUUACCAAGCAGAUGCUCAGUACAUUGAUCUUGCUGCAAACAAAGAAGGUGAUCCACUGCGACUUGAAACCGGAAAAUAUUCUUCUUGUCCAUCCAAUGAGCUCCGAGAUCAGGGUUAUCGAUUUUGGCUCCAGUUGUUUCGAGAAUGAGAAGGUGUAUACGUACAUCCAAAGUCGUUUCUACAGAUCUCCAGAGGUCAUCCUGGGAAUGUCGUACGGUAUGCCUAUUGACAUGUGGAGUGUGGGAUGUAUCUUGGCCGAGCUUUACACUGGCUACCCGAUCUUCCCUGGUGAGAACGAACAAGAGCAGCUUGCUUGCAUCAUGGAAGUGUUUGGUCCUCCAGAGAAGCAUUUGAUCGAAAAGAGCACUCGGAAGAAGCUAUUCUUCGAUUCUCUGGGAAAGCCCAGGUUAACUGUCUCCUCCAAGGGCCGACGCCGCCGGCCAAGCUCCAAAGAUCUCAAGCAGGUUCUGAGAUGUGAUGAUGAGGCUUUCCUUGAUUUCCUUGCACGUUGCCUUCGGUGGGACCCAACGCGUCGUAUAAGCCCCAACGAGGCACUGAGACACGAAUUCAUCACUGGAGUCAAAAUGCCCCCAUUGAGUAGUAAUUGA